AUGAGCCCCCCCGUCGGGAGCAGCGCGCCCCGGGCACCGCCGCUUUCCCUGGCCGCAGCUCGGUGUCGGGAAGAGAGCGCUGUCGCCGCGGACGGACGGUACGGGGGCUUCGUGCGGCGGGAGGGCUGCGGGGCCCGGCGUCCCUGCCCCGCCGAGCGCCGGCAGGAGGGAAUUCCUUUCUGUAGCUGGAUUCAAGCCAAGAACCUCUAUCCACAGCUGCCAAGCCUGGCAUCCUUACUGACAUGCUGGCUACAGGUUCAGCACACUGGAAGCAUGGCUACAAGUGCCGUUCCCAGCGAAAACCUCCCCACGUACAAGCUGGUGGUUGUUGGAGAUGGUGGUGUUGGGAAGAGUGCUCUCACUAUUCAGUUUUUCCAGAAGAUUUUUGUGCCAGACUAUGACCCAACUAUUGAAGACUCCUACCUGAAACACACGGAAAUAGAUGGGCAAUGGGCAAUUCUUGAUGUUCUGGAUACUGCAGGCCAAGAGGAGUUCAGUGCAAUGAGGGAGCAGUACAUGAGGACUGGAGAUGGUUUCCUUAUUGUCUACUCGGUGACAGACAAGGCCAGCUUCGAGCACGUGGACCGGUUCCACCAGCUGAUCCUCCGAGUCAAGGACAGGGAGUCUUUUCCAAUGAUUUUGGUGGCAAACAAAGUUGAUCUAAUGCACUUACGGAAAAUUACAAGAGAACAGGGGAGAGAAAUGGCAACAAAACAUAACAUUCCCUAUAUAGAAACGAGUGCCAAGGACCCACCUCUGAACGUGGACAAGGCCUUCCAUGAUCUCGUGAGGGUAAUAAGGCAACAGAUCCCAGAGAAAAGCCAGAAGAAGAAGAAAAAGACCAAAUGGCGAGGGGACAGAGCCACGGGCUCCCAUAAACUCCAGUGCGUGAUUUUGUGACGGCACACCCUGGGAGUGCCUUGGCUGCCUCCCUCCUCCCCUCUUGACCCACCGCCGGCCCAGGCGAGGAGCCGCAGCUGGAUGCUGAUGCCCACAUGGCCCCGUGGCCCCUCGGGCUCCCCACGGCAGCUCAGACUUGGAGGAGGCGGCUCAGAGGGUCCGGACCCCCCCGGAGAGGGGCUGCACAUCAGGGCCAGCGUGGGAGCUGUGCCAGUGGGAGGCGGAAGGGAUCGGCAGGACCUCAACUCUCAAACAUCCCCAGCACCUUCCAGGGGCCUCCAUGAUGUUUAUUAAAAAAAAACCAAACAAGGCAGAAGUUAAAAAAAAAGUGUUGGUUUUAUCUGCAAACAUUUCUCUUUGUGACCCAUUUCUGAACAGCCUUGAAUAGCCCCCCUGUUUGGUACAGUUGUCUGUGUAUGUGUGGGGGAAGGGAAAGGGUUUUUCUUUCUCUUGAUUUUUUUUUUUGUCCUCUUCUUCCUUUGUGUUGUUUGCUCAGCAAGUGUUGGGUUGCAAAGAAACAACGGCCAGGCUUAGAUUUUUUGCACUGAACUCUCUCUUGGGCGGCAGUGCCAAAACACAACUUUAUAUGAAAGUGCAUAGAUUUGGAGGAAGAAAAUUAGUUCCAGCUGCUCUGGGUGCUCCAGACAUUGUGUCAGACUCUGGAGGGUCGCCAGCUCACAGACCAUAAGCUCCAGCUUAGGAAAGGAGGUUUGGGCUUGGAUUAUUUUUUUUUUUUUUCCUUACCCUUUGUCAAGAAGUUUUGUUUCUGUUUUGUAACUUCGGACAUGUCAAACUUUAAGACAUUUUGUUAACCUGGAAGUAUUUAAAUUAAAGUAAUUUACAGAUGGAAGGGUAUGUCAUUUUUGGGGGAGGGGGGUGGAGGGGAAGGGAGAAAGGAAGUAAAAUCUGAACUGAAUUUGUUAUUUGGGUGUUGAAUUUCUCCCUCAUAAAUGCAUGUAAAGUGGUGCAAUUUAAAUCACUCUCUAUUAUUCCUUAACCUUUCCCUGCAAAGCCACUCGUGGGUAGAUUAAUUGUUUUGCUUUUCCCAGGCUCAUCUCACACAUGCAGGAAAAAAAAUCUGUUUAUGGACUUUGGCUCAAUGUUUCUUCUCCCUCCUUCGCCAAGUUGGUGACUUGAAAGGAAGAGGUGUUUUUAAAAUGAUUCAAGUGGGAUGUGUCUCUUCAUAAGCUGACUGUAUCUAAAAUGUCUCCCUGAAAACAGCAAGGACUAAAUAUGCCUUAUGAAAAGACAAGACAAAAAACCUGCAAGCAUUCAAACUGAUGGCGGUAGCACCAGAAAUAUGGCUGUGCAUAUCCUGGAGGGGCCACGUGCUCUUUCACACCUUUUCUGGCAGUAAGAACUGCAGUAGCAAAUUUGUCUUUAAUGGAAUGUCAUCUGCUGGAUUGAAUCCAUUGGCUCCAUUCACAUGGUCACCAAACCUGUUUAAAAGUAGCAACUUGCUUUUCAUCAGCUUGAAUCCUAUUCAAAUAUGCUUUGUGGGCAAGACUUAAAAUAUUGGCAGAGUAUGAAUGCCUGAGAUUUAUGUGUCUGUGCACAGAAAAUCCUGGUAUUGGAUAUUGAAGAUCCAUCCAAGAUGAUGGAUCAUCACAAA